AUGCCUAACAUCUCCUUCGACAUCUUCUUCGAUCAGGACUUCAUCAACGUUACUGCUACUCGAGGCAAGACUGCCCCUAGAGCGAAGCCUGAGUGGAAGGUCCGCACAGCUCCCAAGCUACCACCCAAGGAGCAGCCAGCCGACCACAGCGGGGCUCCUCAUCCUCCUGGUCGACCGAAGAUCAACGAGGGCAGGACUCCCAUCGGCAAGCCCGCCAAGUCAGCCGAAGCCCCAGUCUCAGACGCCGCCUCGCAGACGGGAGAGCGUCGUAAGCCUCCGAAGCUAGGUCCCAGCAAGAAGAACUCGGUGUCCAAUAUCAAUGGCGUUGGUGCGAGUAUCAACAGAACAAUCUCAGGAUAUGGUAACGGUGUCAUGGAUUAUGGAAACAAUGUGAUGGACUGGACCUCGGCGACAGGCUCCAGAGCUGCAACGGCUUACAACCCUCUUGGCUUGUCCGGGACCACAUCCUCUGGCAAGCGUGGCACGACGAGUCCGUCGAUCUACUCUCCCCCUGCCCAGACGAAGAAGUCGACCAACGCCACGACGAAGAAGGCACUGCCCGCUACAACUUCGACACAGAAGGCAGUACCCAAAACAAAUGGUGCCAAAGCACCCGUUGCGAAGUCGACGACAGCGAAGCCCACGCCGGUGAAGACUGGUGCUAACCCGGGAGCAUUGAAGAAGCCCGCUGGCGGAGCCAAACCCGCCGCUGUAGGUGGGGCAAAGAAGACCAUUUCGCCAGCAUCGAAGCCAGCUGCGAAGAAGCCCGCUGCGGUGCCAGCAAAGAAGCCGACCUACGCAGCCUCUUCGAAGGCCGCCAGCAAUCCCAUUGGCAUCACCUGGUAA